UGAUUCUCAACACUUUUCUUUAAAUGGCUCUUGAAAGGAAUUUAUCUGAAGUAACAAUGGAGGAGCAAAAACUAAACUUUGAUGCUCCAUUCCUAUCCGUGAGGCGGAUUCCGAGUAAACCAGAGGAUCUAAGUGAAUCAUACAACACCGAGGAGAAGAAGACGACGAGGAGGAGGAGAAAAGUCCAAGAUUUGUGUGAUGAAACAGAGCAUCGAACUCUGAUUCGGUUAUUACAAGACCAGAGUUUCGAGCAUGUAAUGGAACCAUCUUCAGUUCCUUUUACUUGGGAACAGUCACCUGGCAAGCCAAAAGAUCAGCAGCAUACAGUAAUCGAAGAAUUUGACCUAAUCAAAUCUUUGGAGAUGGUUUCUUCAACCGCAAGUUUCUCUGUCAGUUCAAAUGGAGUCAGUGACUUCGACAAGUGUGGAGAUGGAGACAGAUCGGGAAACGUAUCAAGAGAUGACGUCAUUCUUGAAUACCGUGAUCUCAUCAUGUCGAGGUUUUUACCAGCUGCGGAAGCAUUCGCCAUGAAAAAGAAGAAAGAAGCUUCUCGUUUCAAAGAGGAGAGGAAGAAGAAACAGAACAUUGCUCUACAGAGAGUCUCUAUGGCAAUUAAUCAAGAUUUGAACAACGAUGAUGAUGAGGAUGAACAUAAUGAAGAUAUUGAUGCAACAGUUUACUCAAAUGAUCCCAAGAAAGCUCAAUUAGGGUUCUCGCCAUGGUUAUGUUCCAAGAACUCAGUAGAUGUUCUUAACCCGGUUCUCUCUCGGAUCAAGACAUGUCAGGAUAUUGGAGUAAAUUCGAGGAAUGUCAUAAACCCGAAACCGCUAGAUUCUGUUUACAAAACCAAGUCAGCAUCACCAAGAAUCUUGAAAUCAAACCAGGUUAUGAAUAGUAAGUCUCAAGAAAUCUAUGCACCACCAAGAUUUUCGAAAGAGACUCCCAAAAUUUCUCUACCAAAAUCCGGAGAAACACUCCGAAUCCCGGAGAAUCGUUCGAGGUUUGAAGGAACAAGCGAUCAGAAACAGAGACAAGAAAUUAGGUUUCUUGUGGAAGAAGUAAAGAGAAGGAGCAACAGAAACAAAAACAGGGCACAGAAUCUCUCUAUUCCUCAACCUCCAUUGCCUAAAACUCCUACGGAGUCAUGGCUUUGCCGGACAGUUCCAAGAAGCUCAGCCGCCUCCUCCGUCGUCUCCGGUCAAGCCGCCCGUUUCAGGAAGACUAAUUCUCAGUCUCUAAAAUGGGAGACGAUUGUGAAAAGAUCGUAUAAACACAAUGAUCGUGUUGGCUACUCAGAGGACCUUAUUAUUGUUCAUCCCUCUCGUCAACGCAAAUCCUAAACCGGAAUCUUCUCUUCUCUAUACCUGUAUUCGUUUUUUCCGGUACAGUAGAAUUUAGUGUCAUACGUUUGCCUUGUGUUGUAUUAUACUAUUGUGGAUUUGUGGUAUUGUAGAUAAUGAUGCCGGAUAAAAUCCGGAUUUGGUGUCGGACCGGAUCGGUUUAAUUAGGUUGGAAAUAUAUAGCCACAUUAUUGUUCAAUCCGAACAAUUUUAGGAAUUGUAUUGAUCCAAAUUUUCUUGUAUGAAGAAACUGUAUUUGUUCAA